AUGGGGAGCCAGGAGAGGACACCCACCAGCUUUCUGGAAGACAGCGAAUGUUCUGAUAAGCCAUGUGCCCCCAUCAGCUGUUCGCCGCAAGGAGAGCGCAGCGCAGCACGGCCUUAUGAAAUGAAGAUGCUAGGCCAAUAUAGCCCGUUCGAUGACCAGAAGACCUCUGCUGUGAACUGGGCCUCACUGCAACAGAUAUAUCCUGCGUUGUCUUUUUAUGGUGGUCCUUCAUCCAUAUUCUCUACGCCAUUAUACCUUCUCGUUGGAACUGAGAAGGGCCCCGUGUUGAUCUUUAACCAUAAACAGUUCCUGCAAGUAACGCUUGUGCCACAGGCUACUGCUUUUCAGAGCUGCGUGUCGCUUAUCAGGAUUUCCGACGAUGGUACCUAUAUUGCAGUUGCAUAUUCUUCGGGAGAUGUCUUUAUCUGGGACUUGAACCGAGGCCCAGAGUACCCCAGUAAUCACAUAAUAUCGAUUUUACACAUUAAUCACCAUCAAGGCUAUACAAUCAAUGGGUUGGGAUUUCUACCCGAGAGGCAUACUGGUGUAGUAAUAAGCGAUACCCGUGGACAGGUUUGGCUUCAUCGUGGCUCAAGGGGAAAGCUAUGGCAAUUAACGUGUAAGUCAAAGUCGCUGCUGAACAUAAAUUCGAUGAAGAGCCAACUUCUGGCUAGUGAACCAUCGCCUAGGUUAUCCGAAUAUCCUGAGUUGCAAUUGGUUGCGGUACUUUGCCACGAUAGCCUAACCAUUAUAUCGGUGAACCCUAUUCUGGCGACACAAUGGUUUCAUAGUCUUCGAUUAAAUGAGACUGUCAGUUCUGGUUUUGUUGCAUGGUCGCCUGGAGCAAGUUCGCUGGCCUACGCUUUGGGUUCCAAAGUCCAUACUGUCAAUAUAGAAGGGUUUACUCGGGAUCGUGUAAUAGUUUCAAAAGAGGAACCAUGGUCAUGGAAUACUACAGAGACCGUGGCAAUGGUUCAAUGGCUUGCCUUAAAUACACUUUGUGUCCUCUCUUCUGGAGGCAUGAUGACUGUUUUAAACACUACAAUGGCCGCGCCAGUUCUUAUGAGUGUCGAUCUUUCAGUACAAGGCUUUGCCAGCCCAUCGCAACGCUCCCUCACUUGCUUGGAUAAGCAGAUUUUUUUCCUAACCAAAUACCUGGUUAAACAUGGAAAGUUCUUAUCAUGGACCGAUUUACUUUUACAAUACGUUCAGACAGGCAAUUACUGCGGCGCCCACAAGGCGAUAGGCUACCUGGUUACCCACGGCGCAGGUAUCGCAGCUCUAGUCCAAUUAAGUGAUGAUAGCGAGGAGAGGAAGUCGCAAUUAACUCAACCAUUCAGGAAUUUAUCCUUAGCAAGCGUAAAGUUCUUAAUCAAUCAGGAAUCUGUGGAAUACGCAAAGUUUUAUGACCUGCUGUCACUAAUUAUAGAGGUAGGUUCUUUAUUCGAGAAAAGCUUGACGCAAAUUUUGGAAGAUAUCUUUGAGUUGCUGGACCAUACCCAUAGUGACGCAUUUUAUGACGCACUAUCCAAUCAAAUACUGGAGGGGACUCCCUUCAGCUUACCGCCGUUUCUGCUCAAGGAAGUUUUACAAUAUUAUGCGGAAACUAAAAACCUGAAGAUGAUUGAAUUACUGAUAGUAACAUUGAAUCAGUCAUCUCUGGAUAUUGACAUGGCUGUGAAAAUAUGCCGGAAGUUCAAUUUGUAUGGCGUCCUUAUGCACUUAUGGAAUAAUAUUUUUGAUGACUACCUCACACCUCUCGUCGAUUUCAUUUGCAAGCUAACUAAACAGGAUGAAAAAUGUGCCAUACUUGAUAAAGAUGACCCCAAUCCCAUGUUUGAUAUUUAUGACUAUUUGUCUUGCAUUCUAUUGGGCCUGCAAUAUCCAGUUCGUACAAUUAUAAGUGCUGACACAUCGUUAAGAGCUAAACACCAAAUAUAUUCUUUCUUGUGCAGUGGAACUGCUCUGAAGUGGCCGACAGAUUCGAAAGACAAACUUUUUACCACUGAUAAUCCGGAAUUGGAACCUGCAUACCCUUAUUUACAGGUGCUACUGAAACACGAUCCGAAGAAAUGUUUAUCUAUGUUCUAUAAGGUAUUUGACGACCCAUUCCUCAAUGAAGAUCGCGUAGAGGACUCCGAUGCGCAUGCCCACCACUUGCAAAUAAGCAGACAGUUUUUGGUUGAUGUGCUUCUCGAACUUCUGAAAACCAGUAAUGAUGUUUACCGAAAAGUCUUGAUUGCAGUUUUCAUCACCCGGGCUGUUCCAAAGUUCCCGCAGUUCUUAACCGUCUCUCACGCAACUCUGGAUGAGUUGGUUUCCAUCAUGUGUACCUCCAAUAUUAACGAGCUGAAAAAUGAAUGUGAACAAAGUUUAGAAUGCUUAUUUGCCAGCUACAAACCCAGUAAUAUGGAUGAACUUAUCAUAUAUUUGAAAGAUUCCGGAUAUGAUAGAGUACUGUUUUAUUUUUACAAGAAUAUACCCCGACCAGCAGACUAUUUACGAUUAAGGAUUGAAUCUCAAGACUUGCAGCAAUCUAAAUUUACAAUAUUGGAUGUCAUGAGUGAAAGCAUAAGUUUGACGAUGUCUGGAACAUCAGAAAGAUCAGACGUUAUUAAGGUUAUAAGGGAAAACAUCAAUACAAUUCUCAUUUUGGAACAAGUAGAUGCUAUAGCAGAGGUUUUGGUUAGUUUGGAUGGUGGAGUAGAGGAUAUUAUUAAUCAAAUAAUAUCAGGCGAAUAUAAAAAGCGCUUCCUGGAGAAAAUAUUUGAAUUGAAUCGUACAGAAGUGAUGGAUCCUGAAUUUCAACACCUGUAUAUACAACUAUGCUGUGAACAAUGUGACUUUAAAGCCCUCAGGAAGUGGCUAAGAAGGAUUGACUUUUGCAAGCUCGAUGUGUGCGGGGUUAUAAAGAUUCUUGAAGAGUUUAGAGACCGAGAGAGCAUUAUUUUUAUCUACAUGAAGCUAGGUUCUUUUGUUGAAGCAUUGAAUGUUUCUGACUCGGCUUUCGUGGACGCAAUAGCAGAGCAUGAUUUCAAACAGGCGGAGACCUUUGUGCAACUCGGCAUUGAUAUCUGCGAAAAUUCUACGGAUGCUGCCACUGAGUGCUGGACUAAGUUAUUGGUUAGCAUCAUAAAAAAUUACUCCUUCAUUGCUGAAGGUGGUAAGCACACUGAGCGUGAUUUACUACAACAUGUUAUUUUGAGACUCUCCUUAUGGGAAACGACCAAUCCCGGACGAAAUGAGUCUCCAUUCGGAGAUAUAUUGGUAAAUGUGUUAAGCAAGCAGGAUAUUACAGGUACAAAGAUACAUCUGAUCAGAGAGGUCAUAAUAGAUUUACUAAAAGCACACAUAGUAGACGAACAUAUUCAACAGCUGAUUAUGAAAAUAGUCGACAAUUCUGCCGGCACAGUUAUCAAUGAAUAUAUUGAAAAGUUAGAGUCUGGCUGGUCUAUUUCGAACUACGAAUGCGAAGUAUGCGGGAGAAGAAUAUGGGGUGUCGGUAUUGCUACUCAAGAAUUCCUUGAUUGGAAGUCUUCAGAGCUUUCAAGAGGCACAGAAUUGGAGCGUGUAUCUACCGCUACAGGGCUUAUUAUAUUUCGCUGUCGACAUGGGUUCCACGAACGAUGCUUGCGAAAUAUGGGCCAAAGUCAAGAUUCAUAUUCUUGUCUCGCCUGUUAUGAAGACAAAUAA